UGAAAAAAGAAAUAUUCACCGAAAAAGAACGUCUUGUCCUUAAAAAUCUAAAAAUAAUUUAUUUAGGAAAGCAUUAAAAUUAAAAAUAAUAUACAGUGUUUAAUAAAAUAAAAAAAUGUUAAAGUAUAAUUAGUUAAAAACGGGAUAAGGCAAUAGAUUUUGUCUUAACGGGGCUGGUGCAAACAAACGGAAAAAGUAGUGUACGAGGAGUUGGCAAAAAGAACCGCACGCGUGACUUUUUUAACCGAUGAUACAAUUUACUUCUCCGACCUGUCAGCAAAUAAAAAUAAUUGUAUAAAAAUUAUAAUUCAUUAAGAAAAGAGCUAGUCUCUUUAAAAUAAAACUAUAAAUGAGUGUGUCGAAGCCAAAAGAAGCGCUAUUUUGAGAAAAAUUAAAUCACAUCUACAACUAGAGCAACAACAAAUAGGCGGCUUUUACUUUCUACCUGCUCUAAAGCCAAACAACUUUAUUGCCCAUAUACACAAAGUGACGCUAUGUAUUGUUUACAAUGUUUGCUGCCGGUGCUAUUGUUGCCAAAGCCCACCAAUCCUGCUCUUAUGGAAACACAUGUCAUGUUUAUUGUACUCUAUUUGAUUGGUUUCUUUCUGGAGCGCAAACCCUGCACCAUUUGUAGUCUUGUCUUCUUAACAGCUGUUUUUCUCAUCUGCUACAGUGGUGUCGGCAAUUGCAUCUUCUGGGGCAACUGUGAGGGUCAUCAAUGUGAAAAUGGCUAAAGCGGCUAAUGGAAUAAAUGUGAUAAUAUGUUUUUCUUUAAGUGUAUUUAAGUUCUUUAGAUGUUAUUGAAAAUCCAGGCUGUAAUCUCUAAUGUUACACAAUUACUUGUGUAUGUGAAGGAGAUGAAAGUAGAGAUUCUAUUUUAAUUUAAG